UCCGCGUAUCCUCUCUCUGGUCUCUCUAGCUUCCUCUCUCUCCUCUCUCAGAGUGAUCAGAACCAGCCAUGUCGGACGAGGAGCACCACUUCGAAUCCAAGGCCGACGCCGGAGCUUCCAAGACCUACCCUCAACAGGCCGGCACUAUCCGCAAGAACGGUUACAUUGUCAUCAAAGCCAGGCCAUGCAAGGUUGUGGAAGUUUCCACCUCCAAGACUGGAAAGCACGGUCAUGCUAAGUGCCACUUUGUCGGUAUCGACAUCUUCACUGCCAAGAAGCUUGAGGAUAUUGUUCCAUCUUCCCACAAUUGUGAUGUUCCACAUGUCAACCGUACUGACUACCAGCUGAUCGAUAUCUCUGAGGAUGGAUUUGUGAGUCUGCUGACUGAGAAUGGUAACACCAAGGAUGACCUGAGGCUUCCAACCGAUGACAGUCUGCUUACGCAGAUCAAGGAUGGGUUUGCAGAGGGGAAGGAUCUGGUUGUUUCUGUCAUGUCUGCUAUGGGAGAGGAGCAGAUUUGCGCCCUCAAGGACAUUGGUCCGAAAUAGAUGCACUUUGUUCUUCGGGAACGCUAGUUUUCAGAUUCAAAAUGGAACGGUUAACAGUAUCUUUCGGGUCAUCCCUUUCAGGAACUGCUGUUCUUGAUUAGAGGUGGCCUUGGGUUAUAAGUUGAUGUUGCCAUUAAUUAGCGUGUCGUUAUCAAUAUUUUUGUUCUGUUACUGUUCUGAACCAAUCCCCCAAUUUCAUGGUAUGGGCUUGAGUUAUAUUGAAGACUGUAUAGUACCUUCACUUGUUCUUGACUUCAAAGUUUCCAUGGUCCUGGUUUUUUUGUCA